AUGCCGAAAGUGAAGAAGUCCAAAGGUGGAGGUGGGGUGAAAAGGGGAGUCACGGUGGCUCUUGCUGACCAGAUACUACAGGGGGACGUGGUGAAGGCAAGUGGCCGGGUGAAGAGCAGGGAUCGCCGGGAAGAGGAUGAAGACGAGUACGUGGAUGAGCGGUUGUCGCGAAAGAUCCUGGAGCAAGCACGAAUACAACAAGAGGAGCUUCAGACAGAGUAUGGGCUGGGAAAGCCUGAUAUCAAGAAACAACCCUCCACUGUUUUGGGUUCUGGCUCUCAGGAUUUGGACUCCGAUGAAGAGUGGCCAGCACUCGGCCAAGCAGGUGGUGACGAUGACGGGGAGUGUGGGACAGAAGUGGAGGUGGAUCCAGAUGAUGAGAAAGCCAUACAGAUGUUCAUGAACAAGAACCCCCCACUCAGGCGAACCCUCGCUGACAUCAUCAUGGAGAAGAUAACCGAGAAGCAAACAGAGGUGGGAACAGUGAUGUCGGAGGUUUCGGGGUGCCCCCUUCCCCAGCUGGACCCCAGAAUCACUGAGGUGUACAAAGGCGUGAAUAAGGUUCUGUCAAAAUACCGCAGUGGGAAACUACCAAAGGCUUUCAAGAUCAUCCCAGCACUGUCAAACUGGGAACAGAUCCUGUACUUAACUGAGCCAGAGACCUGGACUGCUGCAGCCAUGUACCAGGCCACGAGGAUCUUCUCCUCCAACCUGAAGGAGCGCAUGGCCCAGCGCUUCUACAACCUGGUCCUGCUCCCACGCGUGCGGGACGACAUCGCCGAAUACAAACGGCUCAACUUCCACCUCUACAGCGCGCUGAAGAAAGCGCUUUUCAAACCGGGAGCGUGGUUCAAAGGAAUCCUGAUCCCACUGUGUGAGUCUGGGACUUGCACUCUGAGAGAGGCCAUCAUCAUCGGCAGCAUACUCACCAAGUGCUCCAUCCCUGUGCUCCACUCCAGCGCUGCCAUGCUCAAGCUGGCUGAAAUGGAGUACAACGGCGCCAACAGCAUAUUCCUGCGCCUGCUGUUGGACAAGAAGUACGCCCUGCCUUUCCGAGUGCUGGACGCCCUGGUCGCCCACUUCCUGCGCUUCCGCACCGAGAAGCGCGCCCUGCCCGUGCUGUGGCACCAGAGCCUGCUCACCUUGGCGCAGCGGUACAAGGCCGAUCUGGCCUCCGAACAGAAGGUGGCGCUGCUGGAGCUCAUUAAAAUCCAGACGCACCCGCAGAUCUCUCCCGAGGUCCGGCGGGAGCUGGUGAACUCGGAGGCACGUGACCAGGAGACCGCCACCCCCGUGAUGGCCAUGGACUGAGCGUGGGCGUGGCUCGCACACUCUCACCAGCAGAAUCCUACAGCGCUCUGUCGAAUUGAGAGACGGAAGCUCCAAGGCAUGCUUUUUAAGUGCCUUGCCAUGUUACAGCCAGAACAUUUUCUGAA